GCUGGACCUGGCAACCCUGCUCGUUUGGUACUUGGCUAUUCCCCAGUCGAGUCGAAGCAUGUUGACCCAUUUAAAGAGACUACAUUUCAGUUUUGUCUGCGUGCAGUAGGGUCUUUGUCAAGUUAAUGGACAUGUCCAAUACAAGACGAAUUCUGUUCAGAAACAAUAUCAACCAAACUGGGAAAUGUCAAAACGCAGGGAGAGCGCCAUGUCACGAUUAGAGAUAACAAGGGAGCUCUUGGUCCAGUACAUCUCAGACACCCUCAGCAACAUUCACACAGUGAGGGAGUUCUGUGACAGGCAUUCCAAAUGGGCCCUUCAGAGGGAGACAGAACUGGAAAUGAUGAGGGACAUCAAGGAGAGGGCAGAGAGAAUUGACCUUAAGUUCAACCAUGUCCGUAAGUCGGCGACCAAGGCCAAGGCGUUUGGGGAGUUCGUAUGGAGCGGUCUGACCCAGGUGACUGCAGACAGUAGGCGUGAGGAGCUGGAGAAGGAGCUGGGAGCUGUACUAAAGGACACUCUGGGAGGCCUGGAGAAGCUGGAUUACUUCCUGAAUGCUGUGGAGUGUCUGGCGGUCACCUGUCUGUUGGUGUUUGAGGAGAACAGGUUCCUCUGUCUGCCUCAGGGGAUGAGCCCUGCCAGUGUUCAGGCUGUCAUCAUUGCUGCCAGAAUGGCCUGCCCUCUCCUCAUCCAUUUUAAGAGGGAUGCUAAGGCCUUCUUUAUGCCCAGCCUCCUCAAUGUAGAGGUGCUGGCCUGCCAACUGGACAGAUACAUAAAAAUCAGCCAGCAGGUCUGUAAAAGGAUGGAGAAGGGAUUACAGAUCAGACAACAGCCUGAGAGUAGACUUGGUAGCUACAUCAGUCAAAUGCUGUUUUGGAAAAAGAAGAAUGACAUCCCUGUGGUCAACCUUGGUGCUGAUGUGCGGGAAGAGUCCAUACAAAAGAUGCUGGACCAUUUGAAUCAGCUGAGUGAUAUCAGGAUGGACCAGAACCUCAGACUGACAUUCCUGUUCCAAGGGGCUGCUCAGCGCUUCAUUGGUCAGUUCAGCCAGUGCCGACCCAGGAUGGAGCAGUUUCUGACCGAGUUGGAGGAGAAUGCUGUGCAGCUGGACAGGAUGAAGCUGGGGGCUAAGAUCUCCAGUGUGGCAGGCAGCUCAGUGGGGGUGGCUGGAGGGAUCCUAACCAUCGUGGGCUUAGCCCUGACCCCUGUCACUGGUGGAGUGUCACUGGCCCUCACAAUUGCAGGGGCCAGCCUGGGGGUCACCAGUGGGGUCAACAGUAUAACCACUGGUAUCACAGAAAUGAAGGUCAAUAGCAUCCAUGAGAAGAAAGCCAGUGAAAUAUUCCAGAGUUUCAUGGAGGACGUGGAGAGUCUUCAGGAGUGUCUGGAGGAUGUGGCCAGGAAUAUGGAGCCCAUCCUGGGGAAAAGCAGGGUGGAUGUCGUGCUGGGAGCAGGGAACGUGAUUUUCACAGCCGGGGCCAUCAGAAAAGGCAUCGACACCAUAAUAGACUGUGCCUCAGCUCUGAGUGUGAAGACCUUUGCAAAUGAAGAUCUGAUCGCAAGCGCUGGUAAGCUGGUGCUCCAGGAAGGCAAAGCAGCACGAAACCUACCCAAGCUAGCAGGGGACAUCCCGGACAUUGGACAGGUGGCCAAAGGCACCCCACGAGCCCUCUCCAGCUCGGCGCGGGCUGGUUUUAUCACUCUCAACGCCCUCUUCAUUGGCCUGGAUGUCUUCUUCAUCUGUAAAGACAGCGUCAGCCUGGCCAAAGGCAGCAAGAGUGAGUUCUCCCAGCUCAUCCGUGCCAGAUCAGCAUUGUGGCGCACAGAGUUGGACUCCUGGCAGAGGAUCCAUGACUCGCUGUGUAGAGGAAUUUGGAAGUCCAGGAAGUGCCAGAGAAUCCUGGAGCAGCCAUUUUACCCUCUGGAGCAUAAUCUGAAAGAGAAAAAAUCAAUGUGUAUCACGCAGUAGGACAACAUCAAAUACUUACCAGUUUUAAGUUAGGGCCUCUCAAACAUACUGUACAGUGGCACUUGUAAUGUUCAACAGUCAAAAAUAGAUGACACAAAGCACUUUUUUCAUUUUUAUUUAUCAUUCUAUACACGAGUCUAUAAAACUAAAAUUAAGGUAAUUUGAUGAAAUGUAUUCAGUUUACUUUUUCAGAGUAGUCUGUUUAAUGUCAUGCCCUGUUUACAAUGAUGUGUUCAGUCAAAAUACUGAAAUGUAAUAAUGUUUCUAUGAUUGUGAUGCUGACUUGUACCUUCAUACACAGAAGACUCACAUUCCUCACUUCAGCAGUAGUUGAAGAUGUCUUGCUAACAGGCAAUGAAACAUGUUAGUACAAUUUAUUCUGAUGUUGACUUCUGUGGAAAUGUUAUGAAAUGGAAAGGGACUGAUCAUGUCUGGCCUUUUUUGUGUUAAUAAUAGGCCUACUUGCUGGUAUUCUGAAGGGGGAAAUGUAUUUUUAUAUAAUAUAUAUAUAUAUAAAAAUAAAAGGUGGUCUUUGGUACUGCAUUCUCCUCGUGACAAUUUAAUACCAGACAUCAAUGAUCCUGGCCUCCUCCAGGACCGUUGUGGACAAUGUCCCUCCGGACCCCCAGAGAGAAGCCCCUGGAGGGGAACCCCUCCCAACUAGGCAUCUGGCUCUCGGCAUCCUUGCCCUGCCUCCUCACCGCCUCCUUGGUUCUCACCCACACCACGUUAAACACCCCUUCUGCCUAGGAUGCCAUGUACCACAGCACUCUUCCCCACCUCUCUCCGAUAAAGAGUAUUCGCAACCCUGAGACUUCAAAGAGAGGAACUGCUUGGCCUAAAUGAACAAACAGAAUAGCAUAGUUAUAUUGCAUUGCAUAUAUCUUUAAACAACCUUUUCUCACAGUAUGUAUUAUAGCUGUCAAUGAAAAUCACUCACGAGAUCACUACAAUCAUUGUAUUGAGAGACUGUCAGGACAGUUUAUCUGACUGCAGUGUUUUCACUUCCUGUUUCUAGUUUUGCCAGGAUAGAUCAAAAAACAGACCUGGUUGAAAAUCUGAGCUUCCAUUUCCACCAUGACCUCAUCUAAAUCCACCGUUUAUCAUACUUGUAUGAUAUGGCAACACACAACCAGUGCCGCCAAAUAUAAUCCACUUUCAUCAGAACAAUGUAUACAACCGCUGUUUUCUCCGGUCCUCUCCCUCCCAUCUUGGGACAUCUUGUCUGAAUGGCUUACGGUCUAUAGCCAUAAGUCUGGCUGUGAUACAGCCCCAAACGAUACUCUAUGGGAACAGCUUCUUUGUGCUUGAGGGAGACUCAAGCUUCUGGACACUGGCUCAGUGCCAGAUGAGUUAGGAGGGGUAGUUUCUGGACAGGGCCCUGGCGAUAACGAAACAGACUCACUUAUCAGUCACACAUCUCUGGCAAACGAGAUUGAAUGUAAGAGCUCACCCUUAGUAAAGAAUGAAGUUCAUAUGGCAUUAUGUUUGAAGAUCUCAAACAGCUACAUAUGAAUUAUUUGGCAAAUAAAAGCAUUGACUGGAAGAACACCUUCACAGUAGCUCAGCUUUGACCAGGUGUUUGAGGAGUAGAUGGGUGACAUGCCUUGGAAGUCAUCUGGGACACAGAUCAGCAUACAGAUUGAUGUAGCUCUGCCCUCACCAACUACCCAGUAACCAUUCACUCAACCUGUAUACAGAAACAUCAAAUGUCUAAAUAUACCAGAAACCUCAAUUGCUAUUAACAAUAUAUACACUUCACAGAAGAGCAGAAUAGGAAUCCUUGACUCAUUUUGAUGACUCAUGCCUG